CAAGUCCUACAGCACCAGCUCGCCCAUCAACAUCGUCGUGGUCGUCGUCGGGGCUCUCGCCGUCGCCCAUCCGAGUCACGUCGCCGCCCACCAUCACCUCCAACAUCUCGUCGUCGCCCAUCCACCAGCUGAGCUCCACCAUCGGCACCUACGCCACGCUGUCGCCCACCAAGAGGCUGGUGCACCCCUCCGAGCAGUACGGCAAGCACUCGCAGGAACUGUAUGCCACGGCCACCCUGCAGAGACCGGGCAGCCUUGCAGCUGGAUCCCGGGCUUCUUAUACCAGCCAGCAUAGCCACCUGGGCUCCGAGCUAAGGGCACUACAGUCUCCAGAGCACCACAUAGAUCCUAUUUAUGAAGACAGAGUAUAUCAGAAGCCCCCUAUGAGGAAUCUCAGCCAGAGUCAAGGGGACCCUCUUCAACCAGCACAUACAGGCACAUAUCGCACUAGCACAGACCUGGUUAACCAUUUCUGUGAACAGGUCCUCAAUUUUUUACUUUGUCCCUACUUUCCUGUCGUAGCCCCAUCUUCCCCUGGUGUCGACUCCGUACCCUUACAGCGCACAGGCAGUCAACACGGCUCACAGAAUGCAACAGCGACCUUCCAGAGGGCCAGCUAUGCAGCCGGCCCAGCCUCCAAUUACGCAGACCCCUACCGACAGCUGCAGUAUUGUCCUUCUGUUGAAUCACCAUACAGCAAAUCUGGACCAGCCAUCCCACCUGAGGGAACCUUGGCUAGGUCACCUUCAAUUGAUAGCAUUCAGAAAGAUCCCAGAUCUUUCAUGAACUCUUUUACCUGGAUGAAGGUUGCCUCCAAUAAGAUUUCAAAUACGCAUUCAAAUGUAGAGUUUGGAUGGAGAGACCCGGAACUUCCAGAAGUCAUUCAGAUGUUACAGCAUCAGUUCCCCUCAGUACAAUCCAAUGCCGCUGCUUACUUACAGCACCUCUGCUUUGGAGACAAUAAAAUAAAAGCUGAGAUAAGAAGACAAGGAGGAAUACAAUUACUGGUGGACCUAUUGGACCAUCGAAUGACAGAAGUCCACCGUAGUGCCUGUGGAGCGCUGAGGAAUUUGGUGUAUGGGAAAGCCAACGACGACAACAAAAUUGCUUUGAAAAACUGUGGGGGUAUUCCAGCACUAGUACGAUUACUGCGCAAGACUACAGAUUUGGAAAUCAGAGAACUAGUCACAGGAGUUCUCUGGAAUCUGUCAUCUUGUGAUGCACUAAAAAUGCCAAUUAUCCAGGAUGCCCUUGCAGUGUUGACCAAUGCAGUGAUCAUUCCUCAUUCAGGAUGGGAAAACUCCCCACUCCAGGAUGACCACAAAGUACAGCUUCAUUCAUCACAGGUGCUGCGCAAUGCCACUGGGUGCCUAAGGAAUGUCAGCUCUGCUGGAGAAGAAGCCCGCAGAAGAAUGAGAGAGUGUGAUGGACUCACUGAUGCAUUGCUGUACGUGAUUCAGUCUGCUCUAGGGAGCAGUGAAAUUGAUAGCAAGACCGUUGAAAACUGUGUGUGCAUUUUAAGGAACCUCUCAUACAGACUCGCUGCAGAAACAUCUCAGGGACAGCAAAUGGGGACCGAUGAACUAGAUGGCUUGCUUUGUGGCGAUGGCAAUGGAAAAGAUGCAGAAAGUUCGGGAUGCUGGGGCAAGAAGAAGAAGAAAAAGAAAUCUCAAGAUCAGUGGGAUGGCGUAGGUCCUCUCCCCGACUGUGCAGAACCACCAAAAGGAAUCCAGAUGCUGUGGUACCCAUCCAUAGUCAAACCCUACCUCACACUUCUCUCCGAGUGCUCAAAUCCAGAUACGUUGGAAGGGGCAGCUGGCGCACUACAAAAUCUGGCCGCAGGUAGUUGGAAGUGGUCAGUCUAUAUCCGCGCUGCCGUACGGAAAGAGAAAGGCCUGCCUAUACUGGUAGAAUUGCUUCGAAUAGAUAAUGACCGGGUAGUAUGUGCGGUUGCAACAGCUUUACGGAAUAUGGCCUUAGAUGUCCGAAAUAAAGAGUUAAUAGGCAAGUAUGCUAUGCGGGACCUGGUUCACCGGCUUCCAGGAGGUAACAACAGCAACAGUUCAGGAAGCAAGGCCAUGUCCGAUGACACCGUCACUGCUAUUUGUUGCACCUUGCAUGAAGUCAUCACGAAAAACAUGGAGAAUGCCAAGGCCUUACGGGACGCAGGAGGAAUCGAGAAGCUUGUUGGCAUUUCCAAGAGUAAAGGAGACAAGCACUCUCCAAAAGUAGUGAAGGCAGCAUCUCAGGUCUUAAAUAGCAUGUGGCAGUACAGAGACCUGAGAAGUCUCUACAAGAAGCGGGUGGCCCCAGACUUCAGAGUGGCUGAGGACAGAGGAUUUUCACCUACCAAUCAUUCUGAGUCAUGGCACGCUCAGCAAACCCUCUCCCAGAAUCAAGAAACCAGAAUCUAUUCCCAAACCCAGGAUGGAUGGUCACAAUAUCACUUUGUAGCCUCAUCGUCAACGAUAGAGAGGGAUCGGCAAAGGCCGUACUCCUCAUCGCGUACGCCCUCCAUCUCUCCUGUGCGUAUGUCUCCCAACAACCGUUCAGCAAGUGCCCCAGCCUCACCUCGGGAAAUGAUCACUUUAAAAGAAAGAAAAACAGACUACGAGUCAACCGGAACAAAUGCUACUUAUGGAAAUAAAGGAGAGCACACUUCUAGGAAAGACAUAAUGACAGCUCAGAACACUGGAAUCUCUACUUUGUACAGAAAUUCUUAUGGUGCACCUGCUGAAGAUAUUAAACACAACCAGGUCUCAACACAGCCAGUUCCACAGGAGCCCACUAGAAAAGAUUAUGAACCAUAUCAGCCAUUUCAGAAUUCAACAAGAAACUAUGACGAGUCCUUCUUUGAGGACCAAGUCCAUCACCGUCCUCCUGCAAGCGAGUACAAUAUGCAUCUGGGACUUAAGUCCACCGGGAACUACGUCGACUUCUACUCGGCUGCUCGGCCCUACAGUGAACUCAAUUAUGAAACAAGCCACUAUCCCGCAUCUCCGGAUUCCUGGGUUUGAGAUUUGGGCAAGGAAAAAACAAAACAAAAAGAUGGCUCCGGGAACUGUGCAUGUGCAUGCAUACCACAAGACAUUCUUUUCCUGCAAAUUUAGUUUGUUAAAAGCCUGUUCCAUAGGAAGGCCCUGAUAAUCAAGUGUGGAAAACUUUUAAGAUGCUUUUAGGUGGCUAAAAGAUUUGGACAUUAAGCACGGGAGUGUCAUUAGAAAUGGGGGAAAUGUAUAUCUAUUUCUGUAUCUAUAUAAUCCCGUCUCUCUCUAUAUAUAUAUAGAUAUAGAAAUAUAUUGUGGGGAGGGGGCAGCUUUGCAGUUGGCCCUUGUAUGUAGAGUGUAAAACAAAUAGUGCUGUAUAUUGAAUGUGGCUGAAGGAAAGAGAGGAAGGUACAACAGCCGAUGUAGGACCAGAGUUAAGCACAAGAAAAUGAAUAGUUUACAAAACCUUAAGGGGGACAGCUUCUCACACUUUGUUUCCUCUCCUCAUCCAUUGUGAAUCUAGGCUUCAAGUUGCAUUUGGGGUUUCCUCUGUACAGCAAGAUGUUUCUUGCCUUUUGUUAAUGCAUUGUUGCAAAGUAUUUGAUGUACAUUACAGAUUUAAAAGAGAGAGAGAGAAGUGCAUUGUGUAUAUUACACCAAUGCCACAGUGUUUCUUCAUCUAUGGUUCUAAAUAUUGCUUCAAUUUCAAAACUUUGAAAUAUGUAUAUGAAUUUCCAGGGGGGGGGGGUCUUUCUUCCUUUCUUUCUUUCUUCCUUUUCUUUUCCCCAGUGCAUUUUAACAAAAAAAUACAAAACGGAAUAUUUAGCAGUAUUGUUCGUUCUGAUAUGUGAAUUUGUUUGUGGCAACUAAAAAAAAGGCAUUCAGCAGUUUCUGACAAUUAACAUUCAUCAUUCCACACUCCUUGUCAACGAAGUGCUUUUUCACUGCCUAAAAUUUUAGAUGUAGAUAUUUGAAAUAGAUUUUUUCAUUUAUACCAGUUUUCUUUAAGAUGAUACAGUGUUAAAAAGAAAAUAAAUUACAAUUGAUCUGUCAUCCAUAUUUGCUAAGAAUGUCUAUUUCCAAGAAUCCUCCAUCUAAAUACACAUUCUUGCUUGUGUGUGUGUGUGUGUGUGUGUGUGUGUGUGUAUGUGUGUAUGUAUGUCCCCCCAAUGUGUGCAUAAUAGUCUGUGUGUAUGUUUGUGCAGCAUAAAGCGUGUUCUGUUGCAGUGUUGCCAGACAUGAGAGAAUUCUCAUCUACCUAUGAGACUCG